GACUAGAGGCUUUUCCUCCACUCGCUCACGUCCUGGGUGUGCCACCCUCAAGUGGAUGGCGAGGAGCGGGAGGGGGAGGGGUCACGCAUGGAGCUGUGAGGACGCUCAGAUGCCCGUGUGGACGCCCCGGGAGGAGGAGGAGGAGAAAGCACGGCCAUGAACAGGACCAAAAGGAAGCCCGACUGCAAGAGUCCCAACACGCCGCAGAGCAGGAAGCAGGUCCAGAGGAGGCGGAACACGUGUCCCAGUCCUCAGGACAUCGCCCGGGCCCUGCAGGGGCCCCCCAACGUGCCCAGCGCCAGCGCCGCCAGCCUGGAUGAGCUCAUACUACGCUGCCUCAACUGCUUCGACUGUGAGGGGAAGGUAUGCAACCCGCGAGGCUCCCAGGUGGUCCACAUGACCCUGAUGAUGCACAGCUGGGUGGUCCCGUCCCAGACCUUCGCCCAGAAGCUCCUGGCCUCGUACAAGGACUGCCCGCCCGACAAGAGAGGACUGAGGCGGAGUCAGGUCUGCCACCUGGUCAGGACCUGGAUCGGCCAGUUCCCUGCCGUGUUUGAGGCUGACCCCCUCCUGGAGCAGACCAUGGGGGACCUGUGGGCGCUGGUCCGCUCUGACGGAGAGGAGACGCAUCUCAUCGACACCUCCAGCUUAAGCCCUCACGCCAACGUGUCACAGGCUCCUUCGCCCUCAGUGAAGAAGAGGAAGGUGUCCCUCAUCUUUGACCACAUGGAGGCGGAUGAGAUGGCCGAGCACCUCAGCUACUUGGAGUUUAAGAACUUCUGCAAUGUUACGUUCCUGGACUACCGCAGCUACGUGGUACGAGGCUCGGUGAGGGACAACCCGGCGCUGGAGCGCUCGGUCAUGAUGUGCAACGGCGUGUCCCAGUGGGUCCAGCUGAUGAUCCUCAGCAGGCACACAGCCCAGCAGAGGGCAGAGGUCUUCACCAAGUACAUCCAUGUGGCUCAGAGACUUCGAGGUCUGCAGAACUUCAACACGCUGAUGGCCGUCACCGGUGGCCUAUGCCACAGCUCCAUCUCCCGCCUCAAAGACACGUACAACCUGCUGCCUCCUGACGUCACCAAGGCCCUGAGUGAGAUGACAGAUCUGCUGUCGUCACGCAGCAACUACAGCAACUACCGGCGGGUCUACAGCGAGUGCGCUGGCUUCAAGGUGCCCAUCCUGGGCGUGCACCUCAAGGACCUGAUCUCCCUCAACGAGGCGCUGCCCGACUACGUGGACGAGGACAAGAUCAACCUGAGCAAGCUGCAGCACCUCUACUGCAACAUCAACGAGCUGCUCGCUCUGCACGGCCGCACGCCGCCCUUCGAGGCCAACAAGGACCUCCUGCACCUGCUGACGCUCUCUCUAGAUCUCUACUACACCGAGGACCAGAUCUAUGAACUUUCUUACACCAAGGAACCCAAGAACCCCAGGAUCCAGCCCGUCGCCCCAGUGAAAGCGCCGGUGGUGGCAGAAUGGGGGUCAGGGGUGACGCAUCGCCUGGACCCCGACACCAUAUCCAAACACGUCAAACAGAUGGUGGAUUCCAUCAUGAAGAACUACGACCACAAGCAGGACGGCUUCAUUUCGCUGGAAGACUUUGAGAAGAUCGCCGCCAACUUCCCCUUCUCCUUCUGCACGCAUGAAACUGACAGGCAGGGUGAAAUCAGCCGGCAGGAGAUGAGGUCCUACUUCAUGCGGGGGAUGUCGGUGUGCGCCAAGCUGGGCUACAACUUCAACGACGGCCACAACUUCCAGGAGACCACCUACAAGAGGCCCACCUUCUGCGACCCUUGCAGGGGCUUUCUGUGGGGCAAGCAAGGCUACCACUGCAAAGACUGCGGGAUGAACUGCCACAAGCACUGCAGGGACCUGGUGGGAAUGGAGUGUGUGAAGAAACACAAAAACAACAGCAGCUCCUGUCCAUGCACGCCUGCCCCGGACUCCCGGCCCAAGGGGACGGUGUGGAGUUCUGAGGAGGAGGCCUUUGUCUUCCCCCACGGCAACGAUGGGGAGAACAACAAGGGUGCGGCCAUCGGGAGAACCGCCGACUCGCCGCUGUCCGACUGUUCCACUCAGACGGAGCCUGGAGUGUGGACGCCCGAGAAGAAGGAGCGCAGGAUUUACAACCACGGCGCUCCUGGACAGGCCAACACGUUGCCUUCUCCCAGGAGUCGAGGCUGCUCCAUGCCCGUCUCCUUCCUGCAGGAGAAGCUGGAGGAGAUGCACCUCUGCAAGGAGAAGAGCCGGGAGCCAGACUGAGCCGCCCUCAAAAAGGGACAAACUUUGCAGAUGUCAAAGGACGCCUUAAUCGCUUGUGGCCUUUCCUCCGCAAGCGUCCACGUGGGACUGUUUCCAGCGAGGGACUUUUCUUUCCAUUCCUCACGUAGUUUCUGGUGCUAAGAAUCUUGGGGAGGUCAGGUGAGCGCUUUCCUGAUCCAGGACCAGUCAAUGGAGGGAAAUGAACACUAAAACCCGCAGCUGAGUUGGCAUCCACUCACACGUUUGGCAGCUAAGUCCACGAGGCUCCUUAAAGAAGUUGACUUUUGUCCGAUGGGAACUUCAAUCGAAUAAUUUUGCCUUCAAACUUUGGAUUUCAGAGCCAAUUCAGCACCUCAAGUGACUUUUACUCGCGUUAUUGUGUUCAAGCACAACAAUGCCAAUUAAAAAAAAACAUGUAAGUCCUUUGAAGUGUGUGAAAUGGUCAAGUGCAAGUAGCAUUAUCACUGGUGGACGAGGAAUAGCUAAACAUGCCGCGCUGCACAUGUAGAGGAUAUGCUAACUGACCACAAGGUAGAGCGCUUGGAUGUAAACAAAUUAGAUGUCCGAUAAUAUCGGACUGCCGAUAUUAUCGGCCGAUAAAUGCUUUAAAAUGUAAUAUCAGAAAAUAUCGGUUUCAAAAAGUAAAAUGUAUGACUUUUUAAAAGGCCGCUGUGUACACGGACGUAGAGAGAAGUACAGAGCGCCAAUAAACCUUAAAGGCACUGCCUUUGCGCGCCGGCCCAGUCACAUAAUAUCUACGGCUUUUCACACACACAAGUGAAUGCAAGGCAUACUUGGUCAACAGCCAUACAGGUCACACUGAGGGUGGCCGUAUAAACAACUUUAACACUGUUACAAAUAUGUGAACCCACACCAAACAAGAAUGACAAACACAUUUCGGGAGAACAUCCGCACCGUAACACAACAUAAACAAAUACCCAGAACCCCUUGCAGCACUAACUCUUCCGGGACGCUACAAUAUACACCCCCCGCUACCCUCGCCGUGGAAGCUUUAAAACAUACCGGUGUAGUGAGUUUACAUUAUUCACCUAAGAAACUUUUGAUAUUAGAGAGUUCCGAUCGGACGGUUUUUCACGGGACACAUUCCGGGCGUUGUUGUUGUUGCACUAGUGAGCCACGGAUGAGGAGAUGCUGCUCCGUUAUUGAUUGAAGUAAAGUGUGAAUGUCAUUAAAACAGUUAGCUCCAUCUUUGGACACUUCUUCCACUCCCGUCCUUGCACGCUACACCGCUACAACAAAGAUGAUGCUGUCCAAGUGGAGGCACGUAAAUAAGAGCGCCCACAAAACGGCGCAUCCUGAAGAGACUGUCAGAAAGCGACUUGAAGAUGAUGUGUGAAACAUCAUCUAUGCAACAUUUUGAGCAAAGAACCAGCAUUACAUGUUAUGUAGACCACAAGGAAGUCCUUUACAUUUAGAAAAUAAUCAUAAUAUAACUCCUUUAACGCAGUGCUUUUCAACUAGUGUUGCCGUGAAAUAUUGUCUGGUGUGCCGUGGGAAAUUAUGCAACUUCACCUAAUUGGUCCAAAAAAUAUUUUUUGCAAAUCAAUAAUUAUAAUCUGCAAAUAAUGUGCCGUUGUGCUGUGUAAAACUGGGCAGGGUAACCACGUAAUACUCCAUGUCAGUAGGUGGCAGCAGGUAGUUCAUUGCUUUGUAAAAGUCGGAAUGUGUCGGGUGGGACGAGGAUGGUUUGUUGUGAUCCCAAUAUGCACACCACAGCGGUAGGCAGCGUGCAGGUAAAAAGGUAUGUAAUGCUUAAACCAAAAAUGAACAAAAGGGAAAAGGGACAGGCAAUGACUAUGCAAACCGAAAGUAAAACUGAACUGGCUACAAAGUAAACAGAAACAGAAUGUUGGACGACAGCAAAAACUUACAGCGUCCACAAAGUACAUCCGUUCUUGAAAGUACAUCCGUUCAUGACACGACAAUCAACAAUGUCCACACAAAGAAGGAUAGCAACAAUGUAAAUACCGUAUUUCCUUGAAUAGCCGCAGGGGCGCUAAUUAAUUUAAAACCUCCUGUCACUCCUGCGUUUACUGGAAACCGGCAGGAUGGCCGUGCAUGCAGUAAUUAUUUUAAAACCUCUUCUCACUCCGGCGUUUACCAAAAGAAAUGUGGUAAAUUUAGGCGUGCGCUUUGAGUGUGAUGUAAGCAUACCAUCACGAAAAGCACAUUUAAUAAAAAAAACGUUAUUAUGGUCUUACCUGUACUUAUAAAUGGAGUCCAUUUGCAGCUCCUUCUGACCAAAAGCAUCAAUAACUUGUUUAUAGAAGUCUUCCUUUUUUUCUUUCUUCCGUUUUAAAAGUCUCUCUGUCUCGAUGGAGAUAUUCCUUUAAUUAUUACCUCCUGCUUCCAUUGAAAGUCCAGUUUAGAAAACUGUUUUAUUUUAGAUACCGGUAUGUAAUCCUCCUUGUUAAAAGUUCAGGCAGAGGAAAAAAAAAAAUCAAAAAAGGUUGAAAAACACAGCUUUAAUGCACCCGAGAAUCCGGUGAGCCUUUUGUAUAAAAAAAGACCUGAAUAGACCCGCUCAACGGCAGUGCGCCUUUUAAUCCUGUGCCCUAUAUGCUCCGAAAA